AUGCCUGACGGUGGAUGGAAGCCAGUGGAUAUCGAGCAAUUUCUGAUUUCAGGCAUCAAACCAGUCUUAGUCCCAGCUGUUGCAGGUGCCACCUCACCAACUCAGACCAAAGCUGUUUGGGUGAGGCAACUGCAAAAGGACGACAGUGGCGGCUUCGAGUUUGUCAGCAAUGCUUUCCAGAUUGACCCUGCGCCUUCAAACAUUGAUUAUUUGAAGAGGGCGAUACAGACCAAAAAUCCAGCCACAGUCCAAUGCGACGCCUUCCAAAUUGACAUGUUUAGCCAACAGGAGGACGGCAACUGGAGCAAAGAAGAGAAGAUGAGUGCAUCUCUUUGUGACACUUGUGAAGACAGUCCUUACGGCUACAUUGUGCCACAAGUGCCAUAG